ACGUGGCACAUGACGUGACGGGAGGGGGGAGGGGUGGAGGCUGCAGCUGCCGCUCUGAACUACAUUACCCACAAUCCCUUCCGCGCGUCAACAGCAACAGCUAGGAUGUUGCGAUUUCGCUGCUGGCAGCCAAAGAUUGCUGUGGCUGCAGAGAUUAGGCUGCCGGGGUUGAAACCUCAGCCUUAAACGUGUCUCGCUUGGAUGUCAGAUCGUGUCGGUUUGUCACCUCCUGUCACGGCAGACGAGCUCCUCCUGUCGACCCUGUUUGUGUUGAUGCGGAGCUCUGCAUCGCGCUAACACCGUUAGCUCACUACAAGGAAAAAAAAAAAUCAUAGUUUGAUCGCAAAUGGGAGCAAUUAAAUUAAGCUAAAAAAAAAACGGGGACAGCUAUGUUUCGCUUCACUUAAACCGAGGAUGGAAAGAUAUUUUCGGCUAGCGCACAAGUUACACGUCGGACACGUCGCAGUAUCUUCAGAGGAUAACCUGGAUAACCUUACACGAAAUGUCAUAGCGCCUAAGUAGCUAGCACUGAGCUAGCUGGCUUGGUUAAAUGGCUGGACGAGAUGGAGAAGAAGGAGCUCAUGUUCUCACCAUCAGACCAUGAACAGCUGCACGGAUAGCUAGAGGAAUACGUGUUAGCCUCCUGGGUGGUGGUGGUGUAAUUCAACUUACAUAACGGAAGCUAGUCAGGCUCCACCAUCACCAACAACAACAACUGCUGCUGCUGCUGCCUGUGAGAAAGAAAAAAAAAAAGGCAAAUGGGAAAUUUGCCACCUGAAAUCUGGAUUGUCUCCACAUCAUCAUAAGUGACAGAGGCAUCAUCAUCAUCAUCAUCAUCACUGCUGCAUGCUGUGAGGCUGCAAACAGACUUGUUGUUUCAAGGCGACUGAGCUGCAUCAGUGCAAUAAUUCACGCAGCAGUGAGUCUGUGAUUGAUUAUUAUUAUUUAGAUUUGUGUGUCUGUGUGUGUGUGUGUGUUGGGCAACAACAUGAGGAAGUUCUUUGAUUCACGUCGGGAGUUGGUGAGCUCCGGGCCUGGUUCUGGAGGAGGAGGCAGCAGCUCUGGGUCCAGUCAUGCAGGCGGAAAUUUCAUUGGCAGAGCCUUCACUGUCGGGCGGCACCAAGUCACGGUAGAGGAGAUCGUCGCUGAAGGUGGUUUUGCUAUUGUGUUCCUAGUGCGAACAAAUCAAGGGGUGCGUUGCGCCCUGAAGAGGAUGUAUGUCAACAAUGAACAUGAUCUGCAGGUGUGCAAAUGCGAGAUUCAAAUCAUGAAAGACCUCGUCGGCCACAAGAACAUCGUUGGUUAUCUGGACUCCAGUAUUACGGCUAUGGGAUCGAGGGAUGUAUGGGAGGUUCUCAUACUUAUGGACUACUGCAAGGGAGGGCAGGUGGUCAAUUUGAUGAAUCAAAGGCUGCAGACUGGCUUCACCGAGGCUGAGGUGCUGCAGAUCUUCUGUGACACCUGUGAUGCUGUUUCUCGCCUUCACCAGCGCAAGACGCCCAUCGUCCACAGAGACCUUAAGGUGGAGAACAUCCUCCUGCAUGACAAGGGUCAUUAUGUGCUGUGUGACUUCGGCAGCGCCACUGACAAGUUCCAGAGCCCGCAGACUGAAGGAGUGGCAACCGUGGAGGAAGAGAUCAAAAAGUACACCACUUUAUCAUAUCGAGCCCCUGAGAUGGUGAACCUCUACAACAACAAGAUUAUCACCACGAAAGCGGAUAUCUGGGCACUGGGCUGUUUGCUGUACAAGUUGUGCUUCUUCACUCUGCCCUUUGGUGAAAGCCAGGUGGCCAUCUGUGAUGGCAGUUUCACCAUUCCAGAUAACUCCCGCUACUCUUACGAUCUUCACUGCCUCAUUCGGUACAUGCUGGAGCCAGACCCAGACAAAAGACCAGAUAUCUACCAGGUGUCCUACUUUGCUUUUAAACUAGCUCAGCGGACCUGCCCUGUUCAGAAUCUGAAGAAUUCUCCGAUUCCUUCUAAACUUCCUGAGCCAAUCAAAGCAAGCGAGGCUGCUGCAGCAAAGAAGAGCCAGACUAAGCCUAGACUGACGGAUCCAAUUCCCACCACUGAAACCUCCAUCACCCCUCGCCAGAGGCCCAAAGCAGCUCAUACCCAGCCCACGGCUGGCAUCCUACCCAUCCAGCCUGCUGCUCUCACCCCUCGCAAGCGGGCUAAUCUCCCUGGUGGUGCAGCUCCGCCUGUGGGAGUCAGUUUAGACCUCUCUCAGCCGGCUGCAGCUCUGCAGUCACAGAAGGCACAGACCUCAGUGCUGCCGCUCAUCCACUCACAAAACAAUUCAAAUCAGGCUGCAACUCCACAGAAGCAGCCGGUGCAGCCAGCUGCAGCUACAGAGAGUACAACAACAGCAGCAGUCGUUCCACCCGUAACCAAGGCUGACGUACAGCCACAAGCACAGCCGAUAGUUCAACAACAGACCACUCCUUCGUCCGUGGUCAGCGCCGGCUCCCAGCAGGCAGCCCAGACUCCGUCGAGCCCAGCCCCACCUCAACGCCCGGCUCGGCGCAAGCAGGCCGGCCAGGCUCAGCAGCCGGCGGCGCAGCCUUCGCCCAGCAAACCGUCCCCUGGUCAGCCGCCUAUAUCUGUUCAGCAGCAGCAGCAGAUAACACAGCCAGCAGCUGCCCAGGCUCAGCCUGCGUCCGCCGAGGUCAGCCAAAAAGCAGCUGAGACUACUCCACCUGCUUCUCCAAAGACAACUGAAGAACGAGGCCAUCAGCGCAUACCAAGUGACGCCACAGCGAGCAGCUUUGCUGGAGCUGCAGUGAGUGACUCCUCACAGCAGCCACAAAGAACUAACGGAGACACUCCCCUCAACCAGUCACUUCCAUCUCAACCAAGCUCUGUCCAGCUUGGUGUUGCUGAUGCCGGACAGGACCAAAGCAAAGCUGGAGACGCCGUUCUCGUGCCUGGCGGUGGCACCAACGCCUCCACACAGCCCGCGUGGAACCCAUUUGACGACGACGACUUCUCUAACCUCACUGCAGAGGAAUUCAAAUCUGAGGACAAAAAUCCUGCUGACUUGCCUUCAGAAGUUGAGUCAACAUCUGACUCAGGAGUUGAGGAGUUGAUACCAGGCCUGCAUGCCUCAACUGUGGAUAAUACACCCCAGGAAACUGUUGAAAGGCCUUCAGCCAUCCUUGAUGUGGAUUCAGGAGCGUCACUGUUGAUUGUCCCUGAUCCUUUCUGUACUCUCGAACUGUCAGACACACCAGAGAAGCUGAUCGAAGGUCUCAAAUCUCCCGACACGUCUUCACUCAUGCUUCCUGACCUCUUGUCGUUGUCUGAUCCCUUCGGUGGCGCCGUGGAAGAGUCUGCAAAGGGUAAAGACCAUCUCCAUACAGACGACUCUCUCCUGGGCUGCUCUCUGAUCUCCGGUCCGUCCGCCCCUCCAGCAGCGAGCAGCACCACCUCCUCUGUCUCUUCAGCUCCCACCUCCGCUGCCUCCGCUUUGGAUGAUUUCAGCCUGUUGUCUGGAGACUCCACACAGCCUAAAGCAGACUCGUCUCUCCUGAUCUCGGAGCCUCAGCAAGCCAGCGCAGACGUCGGCACGGAGGAUGAGUUUGACCCUAUUCCCGUCACAGGCCGAAAGAACUCCCAAGACCUGCAGAGGGAGCUCAACAGUAAUGUACAGCGAGCUGCUAAGGCUGUGGCUCCUGUGCAGUUCACUGAGGAGAAUCAAAGGCAGAAGAUCGAGCAGAAGACGUCCGCUGCAUGUGUCUAUAAUAAGCACACGUUGCCAUCAGAUGGAAGGAGCAUACAACACAGCACAACACCAGCGACUUCCACCAGCGUGCACUUUAUACCUACCAACCAAGUGUCCCAGUUUCAGCCCCCAAACAGCCCAGUUACCUCUGAUGUCUUCCAGCUGGCUCCUUUUAAGACACCAGGAAAAGAAAGCAAGAUGGCAUUCAGCAGCUCCUCCUUUAUUCCGUCUCGUAAACCUGCUGAGACAUCUGAUGUUUUCCUCCAGGCACCGUUUGGAAAGAGGCAGGAAACCGCCAAAGCUGUUCCCAGUAACACUCAGAUAUUGAAGUCUGGUACACAGCAGAUCCAACCCACCAAACAGUGUCACCUGGUCCCUGUAUCAUCUCCUCCUGCACCUCAAUGUCUUGGUAUGCGUGCUCACCAUGUCCACACUGAGAGACCUCUGCUCCAGCAGCCGGUGGUAGUGCACCGUGUCGUCUCCAGGAUCGGUCAGCAGGCUGCUGUAGGUUCAGUCGCUGUAGGGCCUCUGCAUGCCUGGACCAUCGGGGGAAGAGCUCUGGAAGACCCGUUUACUGCUGCACCUUUUCAGCCGAGAUACUCUCAGGGGAAACCUUGAUUGAAAUAUGCCAAGUCAGUUUUUUUCUGCAACUUAAGAAGGAGCCAAAGUUUAGUUCGCCUGCAGUAUUACCCACAUUUCUAAUGUAGUUUUACUCUUUGUUACUGCAGUAUUAAAUGAAAAUCAUUAUCCUUUUAUCCAAUAAUGUGCUUGUUUAAACUUAAAGUUCUACCUCAGUCAUGUGAGUGCGUCUUUCGGCACUUUACAAAGAGUCUGAACUUGAACUGAGAAGUUCUUAAAAUGAACUUGAAGGAUUGGUCCCGGACUUAAUUUAAAUUGUUAAACUCAAUAUUGAAAAGGGUUUUGUUAAUAAAAACUGUUAGCUUAGCUGUUUCUCGUUGAUAAUUAUUGAAUAUAUGUGUCUGUUUGACCUUUACAAACAUAGACAAAUAUUUAACAGCAUCAGAAAACAGGAAUAUCCUCUUAAAGAUAAAAAAUUUCAGUUUUAGUCUGCAUUAAAAACACGUCUAAUUCAGAUUUAAAUCUUUCUAGCAGUCUCCCCUCGUUUACAUUUAGAUUAGAGAUUGUGCCUUUAACAUUAAGGGUAUCAUUGCAGGCCUCUGGUCGAUAUUCAGCAUCAGUCCUGCAAAAGAUACCAAACAUUUUGCUGCAAGCCAAAGAAAUCGUUGGAAAUGAAAUGCAAUGAUGUGAAACAUGUUUCAGACAGAUGAAGUGGAAAAAAAUGUUUAUGAAGUUAUUACGUUCAUAUUAACAGAGAGGAAGCACUAAACGUUUUAUAAAUGUUUUCAGAAAAGACUGUCGAGUUACUUAAAAUCCCAAAUGGCUGCUCACUAGAGAGCAUUAUACUGAAACCAGUAUAUUGUUAGGAUUUAGGACUGGAAGGAUUUCAAGCUCAAUUUACCUUCUUUACUGCUUAAUAAUCGUUCACAGGUUGCUGCUGCGAUUUUCCCACAAACUGCACCAGUGUUAAUGGACCUUUAUAUUUCUCUUGAAAGGAUUAUUUUUGAUUUGUUUGAAACUGCUAAUGUUGUUUGUCUUUGUUCUUUGGUAUUUUUAAAUGAUACGUAUCAUGUCUGUGGUCUUUCAGCGUAACGUCUAAAGGAAUUCUCAAGAGGUGUUAAAGACCCAGAAAAAUCAGCAUCAUCUCCACCCAGAUGUUUCUCUCACAGUGAUAAGAUUUCAGAUAAUGCUUCUUAUUUUGCUUUAUACUUUGGCACAGUAAGGACUUGUUGUAAAUUGUGCUGCCCCUGCAACAUUUGUGUAUUUCUAUACUAUCUGGCUGAUGAAUACUGGACAAUAGGAAAGAUUGUCAGUAAAAAUGAAACUGUAUUGUAUUAAAGGGUUGUAAACGUAA